AUGUGUGGCCUUGUACUCUGCAUGCAGUUCCUGUUGCGCUCUGAACGGUUACCUAGCAACUACUGUUACCAAGCAGUAAGUGGUUGUUACAACACAUGGUGCACACACAUUGAUCCACAAGCAAUCAACCUCUUGCACUGGAUCCCCACCAUGACAGACAGUCCAGCCCAGGGACCAUCCUCUGACCCCCCCAAUCCUGAGCCCCUGCACCCCCAGACCAGUGACUUCUACAGGGUGACUGAGGGUCUCCCUGCCAAGUUUAACCACCCAGAGAUGUGGAGACGGGGGUACAGACCCAAGGUUGAUAACCCCUUGUACAGAACUUCUAACCAGGCAUACGGAAGCAGACCCCCUACAGUCCAUGAGAUGCCGACGAAGUUUAACGGAAUCUCUGACAAAUUUUCGGAGAAAGCGGUGAAGUGCGGAAUGUACAGGAAUCACGGGUUCAAUACGUCUAUAGAGAAGAGCUACGUGAGUGGGCCAGACAAUCUCAUCACUGCCGCCGAUAGGCUGAAUUUCCAUAGGAGCUACAAAAUCGCAGGCCCUUCCCACUGAAUGGCUCUCGGUUAUAUAGGAAAUAAAGAUGUAAGAACUGGGCCACCAUAGGAAGGAAGCUGUUACUGUUCUUCUCAGUGCACAAUAUUUAUAUAUACCUUGAGACCCUCUUUUUAUUGGCUACACAGAUGCAUCUAUUCACCUGGGCCUUCCAGGAUGUGAUCAGAGCCCCCCUUUAGCUCAUAAUGGCGACAGGUCAUAUACCCAUAGUUCUAUAUGGACAAAGAAAAGGCCAGACGGUUUAACAAAGUCCAAUAUAAAACCUUUAUUGGAAGUGAAACUUUUUUUAACCAAUAAGCAGACAGAACAACACUAUCUAAAAUGUCAUUUUUUUUGUAAAACAGGUAGAAUAAUGAUUUGUGUAUUGUGUUGAAAGUGAAUAAAGAGCUAGAUUUGAGCUACUGGCACCAGUCCCCCCAGUGGUUACAAUAGUUUACCUGAGAGUCCUGGGUGGUGCUUCAAUAUGCUGAAAACUAUACUGGCCGAGGGUACUAUGCUAGGAGCUCCAUGUUACAAUCUUCUUCCAUGUUUGCUGUGGCCCUGGGCCCCUGAGUUCAUGUGAAGAGCCAGAGAGAACUCUGAUGAGCAUGAGCACCCAGACUGGACCAUAGAGGAGAUCUAGGAAGAUGAUCCUACAGUAGUACCCCAAGGCCAAUACAGUUUUCAGUGAACGGGACCACUGGUCUGGGGUUGGCAAUUAUAACCACUAGGAGAGCUUACUCUCGUCAUUGAAGGGUGGGCUGAGAGGGGCAGCUACUCACUCUAAUGUACAAUGUGCUAUCUACAUUUUAUGGGUGGAAGGCUUGCCAUAUAUCUGGCACUUUUCAGGUCGUCUGAACGUACGAUGACACAUGGGGUAUACCUGGUAUAGUACAAAUCUAAUAUUUGUUCAUGGAUCCAUAUGGAACAGAAUACAUGUGCCGGAAUAAUAAAAAGGAACAACAAAAUCA